AUGACAUCAGAAACGUCUGAUGCUCAACCAAGAUAUACUUAUACGCCAUUCCCACAAUCUACAACCGUUCACCCUUUACGACCUUAUUAUGUUCCUCAAAAUACGGAUCAUUAUUAUACACCCCUUGGUAAUGUCACCAACAGUAAAGUGGAACGUAACCACAAACUAAUUAACGAGGAGUCUCAGAGCGCUAUAAAAGAAAUAUUUAGCUUAGGCUUAAUUAAAUAUAUUAGUACGGCAAUCUCGAAUCCGUUUGAGGUUGCAAAGACCCUGCUGCAAGUUCAAUAUUUACCUAACGAGGACGUUGUACCAGUUACUGUCGAGGGCAACAGCGCUACUUUGGAUUCGGACGAUGAAGCAUCAGACGAUGAAGGCAUAUACGCACGUAAAACCCUUGAUUCGAAUUCACCAGGCUUUCGCCAACCUAAAAACGCAGAUAUACAUGGUUACAUCGAUACCGAUAUUUAUGAUGAAUCGACGCGUCCAGCGUACAUGGUUCCUCCACUAGAACAUGGUGUGUGGGAAACUGUAAAAACAUUAAAAGGGCAUUCAACAGAGGGAUUAAGGUCAUUAUGGAAAGGACAAUUCACAAAUUGGUUAUACGAAAUUGGUCAUGUUUUUCUUCAACCAACCUUCGAAGGUGCAUUAAAUGACGCGUUUGAUUUGUAUGAUGAUACUAUUCCUUUGAUUUAUUUGGACCGUGUUGGCCCCAACAUUGCUACAUUAAUAGUUAGUCAUGUUGUAGCUGGUGUCAUUUUGAGUCCUUUAGAGGUGGUAAGAACAAGGCUUGUCGUUCAAACUGCAUCACCCGUUCAUAAAAAAUACAGUGGUACUUUUGAUUGCUUACGCCAAAUGAUUAAAGAAGAAGGGCUAACAUCUUUGUAUUGGUCACACAAUCUUGUCCCUUCAAUUGUGUUCCACACAAUUUGUCCGUUGUUGGAAUGUACUGUGCCAUUGAUCAUUGAUCGUGUUUUUCAUAUUAAUCCGACUGAUUCACCUAUAUUAUAUGGACUUGCACAAUUGGGUUUAAGUACGCUUCAACUUCUUAUCACGCUCCCAAUAGAAACGAUUCGUAAAAGAUUGCAUUGUCAAAUUGUCUCUCGUGUUCCGGAAAAAUCGUUUGCAACCGUUGUUCAAACGCGUAAAGCACCUUAUGUAG